CUCAAUAAGUACCCCCACCUUCUUCUCGCUUUCCAUUCGCCCCUAAAUUAACAAACCACCAUUUCUCCCUCUUUCUAUAUUUUUCUUCUUUUUUCUCUUUGAAAAAGAAAACAAUGGCUGCUGCUACUUCUUCCUUGAGUGUGCUCUGCUUUGCUUCAUUACUGUCCUUUUUGGCUGUGGUGAAUGCAAGAAUCCCUGGAGUUUACUCUGGUGGCUCUUGGGAAACCGCCCAUGCUACCUUUUAUGGUGGCAGUGAUGCUUCUGGAACAAUGGGCGGUGCAUGUGGGUAUGGGAAUCUCUACAGUCAAGGUUAUGGGGUGAACACAGCAGCUUUAAGCACAGCACUUUUCAACAACGGCCUCAGCUGUGGUGCUUGCUUUGAGAUUAAGUGUGCAAAUGAUCCAAGGUGGUGUCACCCUGGCAGCCCUUCCAUUUUUGUCACUGCAACUAACUUUUGCCCUCCUAACUAUGCUCUCCCAAGUGACAAUGGCGGCUGGUGCAACCCACCACGCCCUCACUUUGACCUUGCCAUGCCUAUGUUCCUCAAGAUCGCUGAGUACCGUGCUGGUAUUGUCCCUGUCUCUUUCCGAAGAGUGCCGUGCCGAAAGCGAGGGGGAAUCAGAUUCACCGUCAACGGAUUUCGUUACUUCAACUUGGUUUUGGUCACCAACGUCGCGGGAGCAGGGGAUAUCGUGAAGGUUAGCGUUAAAGGAACCAAAACUGCUUGGUUGAGCAUGAGCCGUAACUGGGGUCAGAACUGGCAGUCAAACGCCGUUUUGGUGGGCCAGGCACUCUCGUUUAGAGUAUUGGGCAGUGAUAAACGAACUUCCACCUCCUGGAACGUGGCACCAGCUAAUUGGCAGUUCGGCCAAACCUUCAUGGGAAAGAAUUUUCGCUAUUGAAAGACAGACAGUCACAGUUCCCCCUCUUUCCUUCAAUUUUUAUUGUCACUUCUUUAAUUAACCUUUUCUUUUUAAUCUUUGUUUCCCGCCCUUCAAUUUUCCUUUAUUUUCCCCGGAAAAUUCGAUGUGGUGGGUGGGGUGGGUAAAAGUAAAAAUGUGGUCAAAAUGGGGUUUUUGGUAGGAUUUACGGCAAAGAAAGUAACAGAUAGGAAAGUGACUAAAAGUAAACUAUGUGUGGUAACUUUUUUAUUUUUUUCUUUUGUUUGUCAUUGAGCUGGUGGUAAUAGUAAAAAAUCCAGCCAAUGGUGAAAAGGUUGCAAGGGGGAGCUGAAGCGGCUGCAAAUCAAAGAAAGCAUGUGGCCCGCAGCUCUUGGUCAUAUAGUAAUUUUCCAUUUUUACUGCUACUAUAUAAAUGUAAUACGGUACUUUCUUCUACUAUAUUAAUGUAUUUGCUUGUUCCAUUUGUCUCAAUUUGAUUUUGCACCCUUCAAACAUCAAUGAAUGUAAUGUAGUAGUUAUGACCAUAUUGAAGGAAUUGAGAAAAGUAUUUGAAGCUAGGCAUCCAUAAAAGGUAACUGGAAAGUAGGCCUUCCAUAAAGUACACAGGUCGGUGGAUAGUGCAGAAAGACCAUGUGAUGCUAGACUGUCACUCUGCUGGUGCUGUCUAUUUAUCUUUUCCUUUUAUUGUUUUUCAUCUUCCCAUGGCUCCACCCUUGGGUUUCCACCUUGUUUGGUGCCCUUGAUAAUUGGCAUUCCCUCACGUCUUUUCAUGUUUCAUUGCCUUUGGUUUUUUACUCAGGGUAGCAAUAGCAUAGCACAAUCAUUUUCUCUCAGCGCCCAAACAUCCUUUUUACGGUUCAACUUUUGAAGUUGUAUAGCGAGGGCAGAGGUUCAAUUCUUCUAAAAUUGGCAAACCAACUCAUUAAUUUCCUUUUUUUUUUCUUUUAAUACUCAUUUUUUCUAAACUUAACCUUUCCUCCAAUCGAUCUAAAGGACUAACUAAUA